CAGCGAAUAUUCUGGCUGGCUCAGCUUCGGGCGUAUUCUUUUCAAAGAUGUCGUUCGAAAGGUCCUCAUUCCGGCGAAAUUUCCAGGGAUGGGUUGAAUUAAACUACGGUGAAAACAGUCGUACAAAGACAAUCACGCGAAAAAAGUUUAACAAAAUCUGCAGAUAUCUGCUGGGAGAGCCCCAGAUCGAAACUGAUGCAAAAUUUCGCUUCUGGGUAAAGUCGAAAGGAUUUCGAAUCGCACAAGCCGAGGAUAGUCCAGAUUAUGGCGUUUUGUACGUUCCAGUGAAAGUUCCUCAUACUCGAAGCGUAGAGAUGUUGUACCCAUACGAAGACAAGAUCGGACAAUCAGCUCGCUCUCAAGUCGUCGAAUAUCGGAGAGUUGCAGUAGCAGAUGACUUUUUCGAUAUCAUAAGCAGCGUUCACAUCAAUGAGAGAGGAAUUCAUGUUGGGCAGAAAAAGACCUACAAAGCGGUUGCAAACACUUAUGCAUUCCUCCCACGUGAGGCAGUGUCGUACUAUCUGAUGAGCUGCAGCACCUGCAAACAGAGAAUACAACGGUUUAACUCAAUUCUCUUGAAACACGGAAGACCGCUGUCUCCUGUGUCUGACUUGGGCCGGGAGUCCCCCGCAUCUGAUCUGGAAUCAGAUGUAGAAGCAUCGUUCUCCAGCCAUGAUUCAGAUGAGGAGGGUGGUGGUUAUGGUGUGAAGAGGUUUAAAAGGGAUAUUGCAGAAGAAGUUUUUGAAGAGAAUGGCAACAGAAAUGGGGCAAGUUCACCAGGUACAGAACAUGAAAUGAUGGACACAGCAGUGAAUGGAGGUCAUGGCAAUGAUGUACCCAGAGAUGCUUCCCUUUGUCAAAGUGAUGAAAGCUUGGCUGCAAAAGGUUUACUACCAGGUUACCAAACUUAUUCCACAGACCAAAAACAAGAAGUUGUAAAUUAUGCUAAAGAAACCACAGUUCGUGAAGCCUCUCGCAAGUAUAAUGUACCACGGUCAACUGUCCAAGUUUGGUGUAAACAUGGACCACCAACCAAAAAAGAAAAGCGAUCCCCAGGAGGGGGUGGACGUCGCUUGAGCUAUUCCAAUGAAACUGAUGAGAAACUUUUACAGUGGGUUUUACGCCAGCAGGACAAAGGGACACCUGUUACUAGGGAUGCAAUACAAGCUCAGGCCAGACUUCUUGUUCGGGAUGAGUGUCCUGAAUUUAAAGCUUCUAGUGGUUGGGUUGAGAAGUUUCUCUCAAGGCAUAAUUUGACCAUUGCCACUAAAAUGUCGUCACAGAAUCCAAGUGAAGCCAUCCCAAUUUCAUAUGUAGUCCCAAUUGCAUCCAUUCCAAUAAGCAGCUCAGGAGUAUUGAACCAUGGAGCAAACAGUCCACGAGCCACAGAUGGACGCAGUGUAACAAGUGAAGACACUCGCAGUGAUAGUGGAAAGAGUGAGGAGAACGAUGAGCUAUAUGAUGCCACAUCACCAGCUCUACCAGAGAAUAAUACAGCCACUGCUGUAAACCAAAUUAUAAGGGAGCCACCAAACCUUAGUGAAAUGUUGAAGCCAAUUCAAAGUGCAAGUUCUCCUGCAUCAAUGGGGCUAAAGGAUGAAGAUGAUGAUGAUGGAGAAGGGGAGGAUGGAGAGGGGGAUGGAGAGAAGGCUGACCCUGCUAAUGUGAACCCAGAAAGACUUAAAGCUUUCAAUAUGUUUGUGAGGCUGUUUGUGGAUGAAAACCUUGACAGACUUGUUCCAAUCUCCAAGCAACCCAAGGAGAAAAUUUUAGCCAUCAUUCAGUCCUGCAACAGACAAUUUCCAGAGUUCAGAGACAGAGCAAGAAAGCGAAUAAGAACCUACUUGAAGUCAUGCAGACGUCUAAAGAAGUUAAAGGAACCACUCAAACGAGCUGCAGACCAGAUGAGUUCAAACCCCAAUAUGUCAGCAGCUCAGAUGGCUGAGGUGAAUAAUAUCCUGGCGUCAGCUUGUGCUAAUGAGCAAGAGAAUGCAAGACUUGUUACUGCUGAUGGUGAUGCAACUGGUAAUACAGGAAGUGUUCCUUCAUCUUCCCCUGCAUCAUCCCACAUUGCACAGAAUAGCACUUCUAACUCAAGAACUAAUGACAGGCCUGCAGAAAAUGGUGGGCCAACCCUCCCCAAGCCCAAAGUACUGACACAGUGUCAGAUUAGUGCCACAGAAGUUCAAGCCAUCCGCCAACUGAUAGCUGGAUACAGGGAGUCAGCAGCCUUCCUCUACCGCUCUGCAGAUGAGUUGGAGGCUUUGCUGCCUCCUUUGUAAAUUAACACCAGUGUUUGGUGAAAAUUUAAUGAUAUGCAAAUGAGAUAAAAGGUAUUUAAUAACUGUAUGUAGACUGAACUUUAAAUUAUGGUCAGAGAGAGUAAAUUGAAAGUAAUGGCAAGUUAUAUUUAUUUCUUUCCUUUUGUUUAUUCAAUAAUAUGGCUUAUUUAGAUUACGUUUCAUAUAUAUUUGAAAGCCAAAAAUUGGGAAUGACUUGUUUGUUUGUUAAUUGAAGUUCAUUCACUUUGUACAAGAUCCUCAUAUUUUUUUGUACUUUAAUUUGUUUUUUGAGGAUCAAAGAUGGACUUGGAUUUUUUUUGUUGUUAACGUUUUGUAGAAGUUUAUAAAACAAGUCACUAAUAAUGUUAUUGAUAAAUUAAAUUAUUCAUUUGUUAUUUAUUUUGACUUCCCAUUUCUCAUAAAAUAAGGACCUGCUUCUGUUCAGCAAUGUUAAGCAAUUUUCAAAUAUUUUAACCUGUCACAGAUAGGAGUGAUCAGUACUUCAAUUCUCCUUGAAAUUUUGAUACAUAGUUUUAUAGACCAAUGAUAAGAAUUCAGGAAAAUUAUUAACAAGGGGAUAAUAUUUGAAUUGAUUUGCGAGUCUAGCCAGCCUAAGGUGGAAGCUGGGAGAUUAAGCUUCCAGAACCUUAGUCAAUUUUUUUUCUGGGUUUUUGGCUUUAUCUUCAAGUUAUGCAUAGACAAGUCUUUGUUUGGGUGAUCCUUCAAAAGCCAUGCGAUAGGAUGGUGCUAUUACUCGGUUAAAUUUCAUCUUCUUUGCCUAAAUAUGUAGACAUGUCCAUAAGUAGUUACAUGUCUACUCUGUGGUGCAUAGUCAUGUAGUGUAUGGCAAGUGUAGAUGAUGUAGUCCCUAGUUGAAUAAUCGGACAUUAAGAGUUCUUGAAAUAUUUAUAGGCAGGAUUAAAACACCAUACAAAGUAUUGAACAUUCAGGAUUAGAUAUUUAGUUUUUAAUACACUGGUAUUAAUUGUUCUGAAGCAUAAUUUGCACUUGAUCUUCAUGCAAACUGCAUACAGGUGAUAUUUAACCCUUUAACCCCUAAGAGUGAGUAGCAUCUAAUUUCUCCAUAUAAUAUCACCCCCUAAUCAAACAUUAGGGUCAUGAGAAUAAAUGAAAUGAUCACCAACUAAAGACGCUCUACAUUGCUAACCAAAUUCUCCUUGUCAGCACCUUAAGAAAUGGUUAGAGAACAGUAUGGAGAAUAUACAUACUGAUGUUAAGGUUUAAAGGGUAAAGGAAUUCCUUAUGCCAUGUUGAGAAAUGUAUGACAUGUUAGAAAAUUUUUAUCGUAUACUUUCUAGAUAUGUUUGAAUUGUCAAGGUUGAGAAUAUUUUUGUAGUGUGCAUCUGAUAUCUUUUUUAACAGUGUCAGAAAAUGAAUUCUCUUAAGUGUCACAAUGAAGGUCAUUAGUUUUCUGUCAGGGAGAAUUUGGUCACUGAUCACAUUUCUUGGCAUUACAGUCAUAACUUCUGUUGUCAAAGUUCAAAAUAAAUCGUCCAUUGUGUCUUCUGGAAUGCUUGUGUGAAUUGAAGGGAUUACUCAUAAUACACUUAGUGAAAAAUAUUCACUUACCACUCUUCAUAAGAAAAUCCGAACAAUUUACAUCACUCAAAAGGUGACACGUUACCUUCGUUUUUUUUUUGAGUUCAUUACUGGGAAAGGAUAAUACAGUGUUGAUGCCUCUUAAUUUAACAACUAGUUUUGUGUAGCCAGCUCGGAUUCCUAAGUAACUGUUGUUCUUACUUUACUGAGACUUUACUAUUCUCUAGACCAAGAAAGAGUAUUUCUAAUUAAAUUAGGGUAAUUAAUGCCUUAAUAUUGUUCAAUGACCAAUUUAAAGAGGUUUUCAGGAUAUGUGUAUUUCAAUGUGUGAUAGUUGUAUAAAAUUAUUGCUAUUAUUAACAUUAAGUUAUUCUUUGUUAAAUUAUCUUGAAAUCUU